AUGGUUUCCGCACCUCUCCGAAUUGGUGUUCUUCUCGUAAAUUGUGUCCAGCUGUUGGACCUUGCCGCACUCGAUCUGCUCUAUAUGGCCAGCCCAGAAUGGAUUGAAGACAUUGGCAUGCCCAAGACUCUGGUUGACCAAGGUCGUCCUUGCCAAAUCUACUACAUCGGCCGGGAAGGUAAAGAUGCGUUGGUUCCUGUCACGUCCCAUAUGUCAAUUCGCCUGACAGAUUCUGUCGACAACGAGACGGUCGCACCCGGAAAACUUGACAUUCUGUUCGUACCUGGUCCAUCACCUCGGGUCAUGCCGCCCGCAGAAGAAUAUCUGGAAUUUGUUCGUGGACACAACGCAGCUGGAGCAACCAUAAUGACUAUCUGUACGGGGUCCCUGGUCGCAGCCCAUGCCGGUAUCACGAAGGGCAAAGUCGGCACCUCGCCUCGCUUCUUGAUUCCGUACCUACGCAAACACUUCCCCGAGACCAAAUUGUGGGAUGACUCGAUGCGAGUGACGCGGGAUGGAAACCUUUGGAUGUGUGGGGGAAUUACCAACGGACAUGACCUGAUCGCUGAAUAUUUACGUGAGAAUUAUCCGUCUCCACUGGUGAAAACUGUGCUGGCUGCAGCGGACAUUCAACCACGAACACUCCAAUAUCAGACAGCUGCCAGUGUUGACACAGCCUACAUAAUGUGGCAGAUUUUGAGGUCUUUACCGAGCUCAAUAUUCCGCAUGCUGAGGAUUGCAUAA